CUCCCCGCAGGCCGCGGCUCCGCGGGGCCGCCCUGCCGGGGCGCGGCGGCUCCUUCCGCCGGGAGCGGCGCCGGGCGGCGGGAGGCAGAUAUGGCCAUGCCCAGUUCCCUUUUGUGGGCUGUUGACAUUUUUGGGAGGGUUUACACUCUCUCCACUGUUGGCCAGUACUGGGAGCUGUGUAAGGACACACAGCUGGAAUUCAAACGGGUCUCUGCUGUCAAACAGUGCUGCUGGGGAAUAGCCUGUGACCAUCAGGUGUACACCUACGUGUUCUCAGGAGAUGUUCCCAUCAGAUACCAGGAGGAAACCUAUGAGAACCAGCGCUGGAAUCCAGUUGGUGGCUUUUGUGAGAAAUUACUGCCCAGUGACCGCUGGCAGUGGAGUGAUGUGAGCGGGCUAAAACACCAGCAGCUUGAUAGUUUCACACUGCCUUCACCACACUGGGAGUGGGAGUCUGACUGGUAUGUGGAUGAAAAUAUUGGAGGGGAACCAACAGAGAAAGGGGGCUGGACCUAUGCCAUAGACUUCCCCAGCACCUACACAAAGGAUAAGAGAUGGAAUUCUUGUGUCAGACGCAGGAGAUGGAUCAGAUACAGGAGAUACAAAUCACGGGACGUUUGGGCGAAGAUUGUGUCCCAUGAUGAACCAGACCAGCUGCCAGACCCUUUCAAUGACAUCUCUAUUGGAGGAUGGGAGAUCACGGACGAGCCUCUCGGCCGCCUGUCAGUGUGGGCAGUUUCUUUGCAAGGAAGGGUAUGGUACAGAGAAAAUGUCUGCCAUCACAAUCCAGAAGGUUCCACGUGGUCCUUAGUCACCACUCCUGGUGAAGUUGUACAGAUCAGCUGUGGCCCCUAUGACCUCCUUUGGGCAACUCUCUGGGAAGGGCAAGCUAUUGUGAGAGAAGGAAUUGAUAGGAAUAAUCCUCAAGGAAUUUCCUGGAGUACUGUGGAGUCUCCAAGCUCUGAAAAUGGGAUCAUGCAUGUCUCCGUGGGUGUUGAUGUGGUGUGGUGUGUUACAAAGGAUAGAAAAGUGUGGUUUAGAAGAGGAGUGAACUCACAUAAUCCUUGUGGGACAAGUUGGAUUGAAAUGGUUGGAGAAAUGAUGAUGGUAACCGUGGGCUUAAACAACCAGGUCUGGGGAAUCGGCUGCGAUGACAGAGCGAUUUAUUUUCGUCAAGGAGUCACACCAAGUGAGCUCAGUGGGAAGACGUGGAAGGCAAUUGUGUCUGGCAGAGAGAGUGACAGAUCUCAGACUGGGAGCUCAACAAGUCUGCUCAGUGCUGGCUGUUUCUUUACUGAUGAUAUUCAGAACCAAACAAGCGCGGUCAUUCAGGGUGAUGCAGAUCCUUCCUCUGAUACAGAGCUCCCCGGCGUGCCCUCGAGCCCUGCCAGCACUGCCCUGCUGGGAGCUGCAGCUGCUGGGAAUGGCCCAGCCAGCCAGGCUGAAACAUCUGCACAGCUGCCUGUGGAUCCUCUGCACUCUGAGCAAGGAGAAGCCACUGCUGUUUCAGCUAGUAAUGAGAAAGAUAACCUUGAAAUGAAUAAAUCUCCUGGAAACCCAAAUCCUUCUGCAGAACUGCAGUGGAUAAAUAUUGACUUGAAGGAGGCUCAGAAGCAUCCAGUGCUCUCCGUCAGCAGCUUUGCAGACACAUCCAGCCUCUCUUCCCUGGGCGUGUUCUCGGUGGGAGCUGAAGAGCAGUACGGAGCCGAUGAGCACCCUCUGUGGGCCUGGGUGUCUGGGGGAGGCUGUCUGGUAGAUCUGCACAGCCCACUCAAGUGGUUCACUGCUCCAUCAGGUUUGUCAUCAUCUGUGCAGUCUCUCUCCCUGUCCAUCACUCCUGCACAGACAGCAGCAUGGAGGAAGCAGAUUUUUCAGCAGCUCAGUGAAAGGACAAAGCGGGAACUGGAGAAUUUCAGGCACUAUGAGCAGGCUAUUGAGCAGUCGGUUUGGGUUAAAACUGGAGCUUUGCAGUGGUGGAGGAACUGGAAGCCUCAUAAGUGGAUGGACGUUCGAGUUGCACUGGAGCAGUUCACUGGGAGCGAUGGGAUGCGCGACAGCAUCUUGUUCAUCUAUUACAUGUACCAUGAGGAGAAAAAGUACAUCCAUGUGUUCCUGAAUGAAGUGACCAUUAUAGUUGAAGUGCUGAAUGAAGCCAAGCACUCCUUUGCACUCUACACACCUGAGAGGACGAAGCAGCGAUGGCCAAUCCGCCUGGCAGCCGCAACAGAGCAAGAAAUGCAUGACUGGCUGUCUUUGCUGAACAUGUCUUGCUGUGAAAGCAGACGGAUUCAAGGCCCUCCUUCUCACCAUGCCAUUUGGUCAGUUACUUGUAAAGGAGACAUCUUUGUUAGUGAGCCAAGUCCUGAGCUGGAGGCCGGACCCCAGCUGAUGCCGUGUGAUCAAAUGUUCUGGCGGCAGGUGGGAGGUCACCUCCGGCUGAUCGAGAGCAACAGCCGGGGCGUGGUGUGGGGCGUCGGCUACGACCACACAGCCUGGGUUUACACUGGUGGAUAUGGAGGUGGCUUCAUCCAAGGACUGGCCAGUAGUGCUGAUAACAUAUAUACACAGUCAGAUGUGAAAUGUGUUUACAUCUAUGAGAACCAACGGUGGAACCCUGUCACUGGAUACAGCAGCAGAGGUCUGCCCACAGAUAGAUACAUGUGGAGUGAUGCCUCUGGCCUGCAGGAAUGCACAAAGACCAACACCAAGCCUCCUUCUCCACAGUGGUCUUGGGUCUCGGAUUGGUACAUUGACUUCAGCCCAGCAGGCGGCACAGACCGGGAGGGCUGGCAGUAUGCAGCUGACUUCCCAGCGUCCUACCAUGGCCACAAGACAAUGAAAGACUUUGUCCGACGGAGGCGCUGGGCAAGAAAAUGUAAGAUAGUCACCAACGGGCCAUGGCUGGAAGUGCCUCCUGUUACCCUGUGGGACAUCUCCAUUAUUCCCAGUUCAGAUGCAGAUGAUGAAGAAGCAGUAGCACUGUGGGCAAUCAGUGACAAAGGAGAUGUGCUCUGCAGGCUUGGAGUGACACAGCAAAAUCCAGCUGGAACAUCCUGGCUGCAUGUGGGAACAGAUCAGCCCUUCAUUUCCAUCUCCAUUGGAGCAUUUUACCAAGUGUGGGCUAUUGCUAGAGAUGGUUCUGCCUUCUACCGGGGUUCAGUGUCUCCAAACAAACCUGCAGGUGACUGUUGGUACCAUAUCCCUUCACCUCAAAAACAGAAGUUAAAGCAAGUCUCAGUAGGACGAACAUCUGUGUUUGUCUUGGAUAAAAAUGGCAAUCUUUGGUACAGGCAGGGUAUCACACCCAGCUACCCUCAAGGAUCAACGUGGGAUCAUGUAUCAAAUAAUAUCCGUAAAAUGUCUGUAGGGCCCCUGGACCAGGUGUGGGUGAUAGCUGACAAAGUGCAGGGCAGUCACAGUCUGAGCUGUGGGACCGUCUGCCACCGGACUGGUGUCCAGCCCCUGGAACCUAAGGGCCUCUCCUGGGAUUAUGGUAUUGGGGGUGGGUGGGAGCACAUUACAGUCAGAGGAAAUGCAACAGAAGCAGCUCGGGGUGCCGUGCCUGACACCGCUGCGGAAAACCCAGCAACAUCGAAGGAGGGAGAAGAUGAGAGUAAAGGGAAAACAGAACACUCUAAGACCCCUCUGAUGGUCAGUGAAAGUCAAGAAUUGGACAGAUAUUCUGUUAACUGUUAGAUUGUUGCCAUCUAUGUGUUGCUAACAAGCAGCAGGCAAUAGUUUAAAAAGAAAGAAAUGUCUACUGCUUGGAGAGAGAAACAUGACAUUUUUGUGCUACUAAUAUGUUUGACUGAACUGGACUUUGCAAUGGGGUAUUUUAAAUACUGAAUCCUUCUAAUUCAUCUUGUGUAAAAUGUGACUUGAUAGAUUUCAUAGUUUUGUCAAAGCAGGCAAGGUUUUUAACCAGUGUAUUUCUGACCUUUUACCAUAGCUGCUACACACCAUACAAAUGUGAAUAUUUGCACCAAUGAUCACUGCAUUUACUUCUUCUUUUUAUGCUCCCUACAUUUCUCUCAUAUUCACACAUCUUGCACACUGUCUUUGAGAUUCAUCUCUGAGUACAGAUGAUGUUUCAAUUUGAAUCAACUGCAGGCAAACACAGCUGGUUCUGUUUGUGGAGCCCUUAGACAUGCACAGAGCUCUGUUCAUGGGAAGGGCUCCGUGUGUAAGGGUGGACUUGGGUCAGGCUGUUCUUACUCCCAUCAGCAAAAUCAAAUUCUGUACAACUCUGCUUAGGCUGCAGUUACCAGGCAGUGCCCAUUUUUGUUGUCUUUGCUCACAGUGAGCAAUGGGUUAAUCAGGCAGCAGAACCCCUGGUUUCAGGGAGCCACAGUCCUGGUCAGUCAGGCUCAGCGAUGUCUCGCUCUGAACUGUCACUGCAAGUGCUGGGAAAUCGUGUUCUGCCUUCAGCUGAACUGAAACUGGGAUAACUGAGGUACACAUAUGCCUAUGUAAGGAGGCUGGAAGGCACCAGACUCUGCAGGUGUUCAAGAUCACUGCAAAUUAUGCUUUCAUACUGUAGAAGUCAAGGGAAGGUCUUAAAUUCUGACUUUACAGUGGUAGGAAUGUAGGACUGAUAGCAGUAGAGUUUGCCAGUGUACACUGAUGGCAGUUCAGAAUGAAGCUCUGCUCUUCAUUUUGAGUAAGUGAUUUAUUUAUUCAUCCCUUUUUCCAAUGUGAAACCACUUUCUAUUCUCAAAAAAAGUUUUCCUGACUUACUUAUCAUAAUUGGACACUUUACAUUCAUUUCUUCUCUCUGUGUGUGACUGUAUAUGAAGCUAUUUUUAUAUGAUGAGCAGUUUGGUGUGGUCUCAGUACUGUAUUUGUAGAAGUAAAACUUACGUUUGCACGUAUUUAAGGAAUAUAUUUGGUAUUUAAUGCCAAGGAAAACACUGUUUCCAAGUCCAAAUGUGAAUGAAGAUUGAAGAUGCUUUACUGUUAAAGAAAGAACCUGUUGAUCUUUCCAAUAUGUCAUUAAAUUUCUGGUUUAUACAUACAUUGUGGGAGAACCAUAAAUAAUGUGUUGCAUUAAUUCCCAUAAUAGGUUUUGCAUAACUUGCACAGUAUCUUGUUCAAAUAAAUAACGUUAUUACUUGUAUUUUUAGAGAAUUAUUAGGAUUGUAUUUUUCUCUGCAUUGUAUCAAGAUUUUUCCUUUUAAUAGUCAGUGUUUACAUCUUCAACAAUCAACCUGAUUGCAUACAAUAAGCUUUAUAAUGUACCUUUGCAUUUUUCCCUACAUUGCCAAGUUUCACUUACUUUACUGUAAAAAGCUGGGUUUAAGUAAAAAAAAAAAAGUUUUAAGUUGUUUAUGUUUGAGUACUAAGUAUUUGCCUUCUAAAUAUUAUUCAGAAAAUUUAUUUCAUUAAAAAUUAUAAUGUCAUUGUUGUGGCUAGUUAAAAUAUGAAAAAGUGACUUUAAACUGAAGCAAUUUUGAAAAAUAAAAGUAAUUUAUCAG